CAUCACGCAGCCUGGCUGUCAAGCGGCGCAGAGCUGCGGUGAAGAAACAGUUAAGCGCAAAGAUGCAGGAGUGAGUCCAUCUGAGCAUGUGCCGCUGGUGCCGCCGCCGCCGCUGCUGCAGUGAAGUAAAAAAAAAAAUAAAAAAUGUGUGGAUUUCCACAGGACAGAGCGGAGACACCGCACAGGAGAAGCCGGGCGACAGGCUAGCAGAGGCACGGACCGACACCGACUUUCCCCCGACCGACCUCACUGAGGGAUGUGUAGGAUCCGCCGGGGUGUGCGCCUGGGCAGACACCGCAGAGACCCUUCUGAAGAUCUGAGUCUUGUAAUAGAAAAUCUGUGUGAAACCCACAAGAGCAACCAUGGUAACCUUAGAAACUUCAAGUGACCCUAUUCCUCUCACGGCCCUCUCCCGCUGGUACCUCUACGCCAUCCAUGGCUACUUCUGUGAAGUGAUGUUCACUGCUGCCUGGGAGUUUGUGGUCAACUGCAACUGGAAAUUCCCCGGCGUGACCAGCGUGUGGGCCCUCUUCAUCUACGGCACCUGCAUCCUCAUCGUAGAGCGGAUGUACUUGAAGUUGCGCGGCCGCUGCCCCGUGCUGCUGCGCUGCAUCAUCUACACUCUGUGGACCUACCUGUGGGAGUUUGGGACGGGGCUGCUGCUUCGGCAGUUCAACGCCUGUCCCUGGGACUACACCGAGUUCCGCUACAACUUCAUGGGGUUGAUCACGGCCGAGUACGCCGUGCCGUGGUUCUGCGCCUCCUUCAUCGUGGAGCGCUUUGUUAUCCGCAAAACCCUGAGGCUACGCUUUCAUGGAGGGCCCGAGGACGGCUGGUCAAACCAUCGGCAUGAUGCUGGAGGAGGAAGAGAAAAAGGAGGAAGUGCUGGAGAAACUUUGGAAGGCAACAGACAACGAGAACAAAGGAGGGGGAGUGGCUUUAAUUCAAAUGGCUACCUUAAAGUUGAUUGAGUCAAUUCGCAGGGGACUCUGUCAUACCUCCUUGACCUGCCACUGGCACUUUUCCAUAUGCAAUCCUCACCCUUUAGUGCAUGAGAUUGAGAGACAGCCAUCAAGAAUAAGUUAGUUCUGAGGAAGCCAGAAAACAAAUGUCUAACUGAAGCUUCAAAUCCCAAAUACUCAGCGUUGUUAGCUACACAGGGACUCAUAAUGCUACUGUUAUUACAUCCACCCAUUUACAUGGGGCUGACCCUCAUAUUAGGAUCUUCAAUGAUCUGGAUUAAACUUUAAAACUCCUUCUUGGAGCUCAGAAUAUAGGGUUUAAAAAAAAAAGCAGUUUUGCAAAGAUUAUUGUUUUUGUUCUUUAAAAAGACUUCUUGAAAAAUAAAAGUACAGUAUUUAUGUUCUUUAAGUAUGCACCAAUCUAUGUAAGAACAGUACUCUUGCCUCAUAGAAAUGUUAAAUGAAAGUCGCACAGCCACGAAGUAUCAUCUAGACACCCAAAUGCCGGACUUUCUUUAAAUUCAAAGGAAUGUGUAAUAAUUAAGAUAAUCUUUUGAGUUGUCAGUAUAGAAAAAACGAUGAAGAUAUGAGGAAUUUUGUCAUGGUUACGUUGUAAUAAGUAAUCUAUAUUAGGGUCGCAUGUGCAAUUUUUUUUUUAGUAAUUGAUUAGCCUCUGAUUAAACAGCAAUAGAAGUGCUGCUGUGGGUGUUCCCAAACUUUCUUUUUUAAGCAUACAAAAGAGCCGGCCUCUACUUCCCUCCGUCAAAACAGUGCACGUUCAUGCACACACACACACACACACGCACCCACACACACACACUCCAACAGCCAAGUCAUUGAUUAUCUAUGAAAAACUCUUUACAAAACAUGCGUCUCUAAAGAAAACCUAACAGUCACCUGAGUCUUAAAUACCUUGGUAUGGAGGUAAGUUGUCAGGAUGUGAGGUGAAGGCUCUUGUUUAUUCUCAUAAGGUGCUAAAGUCCUUAAUAGGCACAAAUAAAACUAGAUAUUAACAUGCACUUUAUAAAAAGACACAUAACCAUUUUUCUCUCGCUUUUCUCAGACCACAAUAAUGAUUGAUCAGUUAUUUUGAAGAAUAUCCACAGGUUCACAGAUAUUCCUCAAUUUGAAUUAGAAGAUCCCAAAGCCAUGAGAUCAUUCUCAUUAUCUGGACUCACUAAAAAAUGUAAUCUUGGAACUCUAAAUUUAACGAAGGUUAUAGAAAUGAAAAAUCUCCUUCUUUAUUCUGGUGCUGAUAAAAAUAAUUUUGGUGGAAACAGGAAAAGGCGA